AUCAUUCCUCAAAGUUUUUCCAAUCAGAGAAGAUGGUGAAGACACGAAACGAGUCGUCCGUAUUUCUCGUCGGUACGAUGGAACCUGAUUCCUUGGUCCGGCAGACCAAGCUACCGACUAUCAGGGAAGUAAUGAAGAGGUUAUUAAUUUUGCUGAGCGGAUUAAAUUCGAUAAUUUGUGCGGUCAAUCAAACGGCCACUGAAUUGAUGCAAGUGUGGAAAAAAACUACAAUUAAGCACCAACUGAAACAGAACAUGGAGCGAACUGUCCGCAAGCUUUAUUUCGAACUCAAAAAGGCUCAAAAGGAAAAGAAAAAUAACUCAAAAAGAAAGCAGGUGUGGAACUCAAAAAUUGACGAUCUUUUGGACAUUUCACAAAGAAAAAUUGAGAUUUCUGACCCGGAAGCAGCGCAAUUCCUAGAGGAUCAAAGAACGAAACGGUUGUUCUCAUUAUCUGCAUUGAACAAACCAGUGAUUGUAGUUGAACCUGAACAUCUAGAAGAAGACAAAAAUGAAGAAUCUGCAGGUACUUUUGCGCUAUUUUUGCUAAAUAUUUUUUUAUAUCAGUUUAACUUUUUUAAAGAUGCUGAAAGCGAUUACGAACCUCCAUCAAAGAAAAAACCAAAACAUCAAACUACAGAUAGUGAAGAGACUAAUUUGCAAAUUAUCACAAAUGAUGUAGUAGAAGCAUUGGAUCGAGCCAAAAUUUCAGACAGACAAGCCUUUAAGGUCAUGAUGCCGGUGUUGAAGGCAGUCGGUCAAGAUGCGUCCAGUGUGGCUAUAUCACGAAGCACAAUUAGCCGGAAGCGUAAACAAGCUCGUCAGGAAAUCGCGAAAAAAAUCAAAGAGGAGUUCGUUUCACGUGAUCCAAUGAUUGUUCACUUUGAUGGGAAGAUGUUGGACAAACCGAACGGCUCCGGGAAAGAAGAGCGACUGCCAACAUUAGUAUCUUUUGACGGCAACGAGAAACUACUGGGAGCGCCAGCUCUCAAAAAAGGCACAGGUAAUUGUAAAAGGUUACUUUCUGAUUCUUUUUUUUCAUAUCAUUCAUGUAAAUAUCAGGCGAAGAAGCAUCGAAAACAGUGUAUGGUUUGCUGCGUAAAUGGAAUUGCGAAAAACACAUUCAAGGGUUGUGUUUCGAUACAACAAGUGUCAACACUGGACGAUCAAAUGGUGCAUGCGCUAAUCUCGAAAAAAUGUUAGGGCGAGAGCUGAUUUGGCUCGCAUGUCGGCACCAUGUGUUGGAGUUGCUGCUCUCAAAGGCAUUCUGCAUAUGUUUUGGACCCACUACCUCGCCGGAAACUAACCUUUUCAAAGUGUUCAGGGAAAAAUGGUCAUUAUUCAAGAAAAAAUCUCCAAAACCGCUCCGAAUCAAAAAACAACUCGAAACAUUCCGUGAUUCCACGUUGAAAACACUCCAGGCUGUUCGUGAAUGGCCUAGGAACGACUACCGCGAAUUAUUUGAUUUGACUUUGUUUGUCCUGGGCAGCAAACCGGAAACCUUCUCUUGGAAAGCACCGGGAGCCGUCCACCACGCACGUUGGAUGAGUAAGCUUAUCUACGCUACGAAAAUAUUUCUUCUUCGAGGAGAAGGAAAACUGAUUGAUUUAUCCAAAGAAGAUGAGAAAAAACUGGAGCGGUUUGUACAGUUUGGUACCCUUCUGUAUACGCAAGCGUGGGCAGAGGCUCCGUUGGCAACGGAGGCUGCAUUGAACGAUUUGAUGCUGUGGACAAAACUUAAAUCCUACCGUAAAACUGAUUCCGAGCUAAGCGACGCCGUAUGUACAGUUUUAAGUCGUCACUUGUGGUAUUUAUCUGAAGAUCUCGUAGGAAUGGCACUCUUCUCUGCAAAGCUAUCUGAUCUUGAAAAAGAAGACAUCGUUAGGGCCAUAAAAGAAAACCCCGAAAGCGAAGAAAGAUCCGUUACCGGCUGCAAAAGUACCUUGAACACCAUAAACCCUACUUUGGCAGACUUUGCAACACAGCGAUCCCUGAAAUUUUUUGGCAAGAUGAAGAUUGAAGCGUCAUUUUUGGAGUAUCCGGCAGCGACAUGGCCUCAAAAUGAGCAGUACCGAGAAGGCGAGAAGCGUGUCAAACUAUUGAAGAUAGUCAACGAUUUGGCCGAGCGAGGUGUAAAAUUAUGCGAGGAGUAUUGCAAAAUUCUGACGAAAAACGACGAAGAAAGGGAAUUUAUAUUGCAAGUAGUAGAAAAAAACCGCAAGGCCAUAGGGACAGAUUGUACCAAAAAGCAACUUCAGCAAACUUUGAAGAGUUAAAGAUCUCAGACAUUUGUUGUUUUGUUAUUUAAUGCUGUGUUGCGUUUGAGAUGAUUUUGAGCCUAAAAUUUAGUUUUUGCUGUUAUUGUUAAGUCCAUGAUAAACUAGUUUAAGAACGAACACGUGUGGAACAUCGUUCGAUUGCGUCUCGGACUCUUAAGCAGCACGUGAACGACGUAACGAUGACUUCCCAGAAGACGACCGCUCACUCCGGAUCGGUAAGAGUUAGUUCCACUAUAGCUGCCAAAGUGUAUAUCCAUCACAUUACCCGCAGAUAUCACAGCUCUCUGAGCCGGACCGACCAUUAGCGCUCUGUAGAGGUGGACCAGGUGAAGAGCACGAGGCCAUACAGAAAAAAUCAGCACGUCGCAAAUCCCGACAACAUCCAACACGCAACCGAGCUCGGGGGAAAAUCGCGAGGAAUCCCUCUCGAAUCGUGCAAGAAAUGUCACCAUGCACGGACAGGCGAGAAAUACCGCACGAUGCUUGAGAGGGAAUUCCCCAAGAAAUAUUUCACGCCGUAAAACUUAAU